CGGUUAAUCCAGACGUGCGGUUCCCCAUAUUCAUAUUCUUCACCAAUCAAAUUAGAUUUCCAAAAAUACCACAAAAUCUAAAGCAAAUGGCUCCAACAAUGGCGGUUACAGACAAGAGAAAGGAGGAGGAGGAAGAGUUGAGGAAGAGGAACGAGGAGCUAGAGAAGGAAUUGAGGGAGAGCAGGGAGAGGGAGGAGGAGAUGAAGAAGGAGCUGCGGAAGAUGUGGGAGAGGCUGAGGGUGGCGGAAGAGGCGGAGGAGCGGCUGUGUUCGCAGCUGGGGGAGCUGGAAGCGGAAUCGGUGAAUCAGGCGCGUGAUUACAACGCGCAUAUAUUUUCCCUCAUGGAUCAGCUCUCCAAGGCCAACAACGUCUUCGUCAACAACCACCGCCGCUCCUCCGCGCCCAUCUCCAUCCUCUGAUUUUGAAUUUUUAUGGAAAUUUGAGUAAUGGAUCCGGCUUUUGUUAUGGUUUUUUUAUAAUGUGUAAGCAAAUGGCGCGGCGCGUGUGAAUCCCUAAACUUUAUUCCCUCGA